ACCAUAUUCAAAGCUUUUUUUUUAUUUUAUUAUGUUUUUGCUUGUGUGUUUAUUUUCUCUCAAAUAAGUGAUACGAUAUAAAAAUACUUUGUUUUGCAAAUAAAAUGAUUUAUGGGUUUAAUAAGAAUGAAAAAAGUAAGAUGAUAAUAGAUACAAUGUAACCUAAAAGUUUUCCUUUUUUAUAAGAUGUAAUGUAUGCAUAUAUAUAUAUAUAUAUAUAUAUAUAUAUACAUGUUACAUGCAACGAAUAUAGACUUCCUAUAGAAGAACGGUUCUGGGUUAAAAUGGGGGGACGAAAGCUUGGGUAACAGGCCGUUAGUUCUGUUACCCAACCGCUCGGCGGCGCCACCUAUGAGUUUCCUACAGCUUGGCGCGCAUAUGAGCACGCACAAGCAGACGAUUCAUCAUUCAUGCAGUAUAUUAUGUAAAAUAUACUUUUUAACAAUAAUGAAAGUAAAUAAAUGACAAGAAAAUGAAUAAUGAGUGUGUAAGGAGGUUUUACAAAAGUAUUGGUUGCGACAACCAUAUUUUUCUGACUAGGAAAAAACCGCGAAAACGCAGCUCCUGUCAGUUUCCCGCUCGAUCCUGCUGUGUAAACAGCGCGAAGAGAGCUUUACCGCAGUCUCUGUGUUUGUUGGUCAUUGUAGUCGACAGUUUACAGAUUUUUUUUGCAACAAAUAGCGAUAAAUAAUAGUAGUGAAUAGGGAAGUACAUCGUUCUAGUUUCGUGAGAUUUUUUUGGAUAGGUUUAUCGUGUUUAGCGAAGAAGAUUUCGUGGUCAGCAUGUCGCCUCCACGUGCACUUUGUGUCUACACCGAUUGUGGAACAUCGAAGGCAAAAAAUCCUGAUUUGACCUUUCACAGAUUUCCCAGUGAUGAGAUACGGUAAAUCUGUUUAUCACGAGUGUUAUUAGAGUAAAUAAAUGUGAAAAUUCAGUAAUCAGAGGUUAUAAUAACGUCCGAAAUUCAUGAAAAUCUUUAUACAUUAGUAAAAGUUUCAGAUGUAGAUAAAUUAAAGGAAAAUUGCAGAAAUAAACAAAUAAUUUGAUGAUUAUCAAGGUAAAAAGUCUAUACAAAACAUUUUUAACGAGAAAUUUGGUUUUUUUGUACCAAAAAUAGUGAUGGUUUUGGAUUUCAAUUUUGCAUUUAUUGGUUUUUGGUUUUGAUGAGCAAGUGAUAUUUUAUUUAGAUAUAAUUUAUUCCUUCCUAGGAAGCCUUGUAAUAGUGAUUUUUUGAGUUUGUCUAAAAACGUGUGGGAAGUGUGUUUUGAUGCAUUCUGAGUCGAGAAAUGGUCUUUUUGGAAAAUGUCCGUACGGAUGCGUGUGUGUGUCCGUUUUUACCUUUUGUCUACUCGUUUUUUUUUAUAGUGAUUUUUCAGUUUUGUGAUUUGAGUUUUUUACGAUAAAGUCAUUGAAAAAGUUAAGAAAAGUAAAUUGCUUAAUAUGUACCUGAAAGAAAAUAAAAUUACCUAUCUUUUUACCGCGGAAAAUUUUUAUUAUCAUUCGUCGUUUUUUUAUUAUACACCAUUUAGUUUUACGUUAAGUAUGAUGCAUGUGACGAUGACUUGUAACAAUAUUUUGUUUUUUUAUCAGUAGUUAAUACUCGUUUGUCUUUUCACGUUUUACUGAAUUAUUUAUUGUAUUUUUAUCAUAAUAAUCAUUUAUAAUUUCUAAUCAUUAAACAAUUGCACAGUCGGCUCGUUUUAAUUAAUCUUGAUCUUUGCAAAUAUUGAGCAACAUUGUAUAUUUAUAAUCUUAUUCUACAACUGGGCAUACACAAAGUUGUACGUGCAAUUGUUUAUUGAUACAAAUAUCUAUAUGUUCAUGUAUUCUCUUAUUAUAUUAAUACUUUUUGAAAAAUAUUCAAGUACAACUCAUCAAUAUAAAAUCAUUUGUAUUUAAUUGCAUGCGCAUAAUAAAUAUUUUAACUCAUUAAUUAAAUCAUAGUUUGUUUUGAUUUUUCAUAUUCUUUUCUUUUCUUUAAUUAAUUAAAUAUUUGUAAAUACCUUCAUUAACAGCAGUUGCAUGAGUGUUGAUCGAUAGUUGCAUGAAAUGUAAAUAAUUUAUGUGUAUCAUCAUCGCCAUUCCUACACCUAUGCUUUCCUUUUAUCCUAUCCUUUUCCUGAUGGAAGAAAACUUAGCCACCUUCCCGAUUGGUUUCCAUCGAAUAAUAUUAGUUUGAUUGUUUUUAUUUUGAUGGCUGUUUUUAAUUAUAAACAAACUAAUAUUAACUAAGAGCAAGUAUCCCGAUUUAUUGUUUUUACGCACACUGUAGCGAAAAUUAAAUUUUAAGUAUCACGUAAUAAUUAAACUAUUAUACACUAUUACAAUUUUCAUAGUGCGUCACAUAUAAUAUUUAUUUAUUAUUUACAUCUACGCUGCUAUUAUUUAAUUUUAUAACAUUCAUGUAGCAAGGAGAUUGACAUUCGGCUGACUUGACGACUGCAAGCUUAAAAUUUGAAUGGCGCCGUGAGAGUGAGAGAGACAGCACGAUAGAAAUUGAUGGCUGCCGCCAUCUCGCGGAGCGUACCGAACUAUCGCUUUCCGUCCCCUCGCCGCUAUACGAACCGUUCUUCUAUAUGAAGUCUAUAUUCGUUGUUACAUGAUGAAUCAUCGCUAUCUUCAAAAAAAGAUCCCUCCCAUCAUUUGAAUUUUACUUUCGCCUUCGCUGAAAAUGAAAACGAAAAUGAAAAUGAAAAUUAUCAAUUAAAAAUGGCUUCUGCACCAAAAAGACUUUGUAUUAAAGCUGAUACAUUUCACCUACCUCUAAAAUUGAUACCAAAUGAUAACAACAUGUAUUGCUGGGGCAGUACUGUUUAUGGAGAGUUGGGUCUUGGAGGAAUUGAAGAUGAAAAUAUUUUAAUGCCAAGGGAAUUAGAUUUCCAAAAGGCAACAGCAGUUGAACAAAUUGCUUGUGGAGAAACUCAUACAGUUCUUAUAACUAAAGAUGGUGAGGUUUUUUCCUGUGGCAAUAACGACUCUGGUCAGCUGGGACAUGAAAAACCAACCAAAAGAUUGCAAAUGAUACCUGGACUAGAUGCAUUUAUAUUCAAACAAGCAGCAUGUGGUGCGUCUCAUUCUGUAGCUGUCAAUAAUUGGGGUCAGCUUUUUUGUUGGGGCAGCAAUGCUGAUGGUCAGUUGGGUUUAGGUACUCCACUGACAAUAGCGCAUACCCCUAGAAUGGUUAAGGCAUUGGGUACAAGCAUCGUAGUUCAAAUUGCUUGUGGUAAAAAACAUACGUUAGCCUUAACUAAUAAUGGUGAACUUUAUGCUUGGGGAUCAAACAGUGAUGGACAACUAGGACUAGGUCAAGAUGUCAAAAUAGAGACAAGACCAAAACUUAUUACUGGUUUAGCUACGAUACCUAUUGCUUUCAUUGCUUGUGGUGGUUAUCAUAGCAUUGUUGUUUCAAAAUCAGGUGCUGUUUUUGGUUGGGGAAGAAAUACAUUUGGUCAAUUGGGUAUGAAUGAUAUUUCAGACAAAUAUGUUCCUUGUCUCUUGAAAACUCUUCGAAAUGCAAAAGUAAAGUAUGUUGCUUGCGGAGAAGAAUUUUCUGUUUUUCUAACAAUGGAUGGUGGUGUUUUUACUUGUGGAGCUGGAAUGUAUGGUCAACUUGGUCAUGGUGCUAAUAGUAAUGAAAUUUUACCAAGACAAAUAAUUGAACUAAUGGGAAGCGUUGUUACACAGAUAUCUUGUGGCAAAAGGCAUACUCUGGCUUUGGUUCCAUCUCGAGGUAAAGUGUAUGCAUGGGGUUUAGGAGGUUCCGGACAACUUGGUAGUCAAACAGCUCGUAGUGUAGCAACACCUCAAAUGGUACUUGGGCCUUGGAGUUCAAAAAAUAGAUCUUUGGCUAUGGAGGUUGAUUCUGCUAGUUCAACUUCUGAAGACUGUGUAGUCAAACAUAUUUUUAGUGGGGGUGAUCAUUGUUUUGCAACUGUAACACAAAAAGAGGAUAACAUAGAACCCGAUGACUGUCGAAUUUAUCUUCCUGACACUCAAAUUUUAUCUAUAAAUGAAGAACAACUGAUAGCAUGUCAAAAAGUUCCAGUGAACGCUUCAAUUGAUCACGAUUUAAUGAUGUACAUAGAAACAGUAUUCAAAAAUCAGGCUUGUAUAAAUGCAUCUUUUUUAUUGGCCAAUGAGACACAUUAUAAUUGUUCAUUCCGUCAACAUGGAGUGGAUUUGGAGUUUGCUGCUCGCUGUUUUGGAAUGAUAUCUGAAAUUGUCAAUGCAACUAUAAGCGAAUUGAUUCACACUUGCAUUGCUGAAUUUUUGCUUCCAUCGUUAUCAACAUCUCCGCCGGAUAUAGAGUGUCUAAGAAUUUACCUAAUAUUACCUUUAUAUCAUGGCUUUGCUAAUCCAGAUAAUUGCACCACGUUGCAUAAGCCAUUUUCGGUAUCACUAUUAGGUUUAAAACAGGAAGCACUAAGAGCUAUUGAGAUUUGGUGGACCAAAGCUCCAAAACAUUAUUUUGAGAGACUUGUGAGAAUAUAUAAGUCCGUUGUUGUGUAUUUUAUUAAUCAGCCAAAUGUUAAGGAAACAAAAAUCGUUUCAUGGAAUUCAACUCUGCAGUCAGGUUUAGAUACUUUAAAAUUUUUAAACAAACUCAAUAAUUCAGAUGAUGGGAAAAUAGUUCCAUACAAUGUUUUUUAUAUUCGUGAACUUACUGAGUGCAUUGAUGUAAGAGGCGAUUAUUGUCGCUGGCUCUCUGAAAUUAAUAAAAAUUCUUACCAUAAAAUAUAUUUUUGCAACUAUCCAUUUUUAUUCGAUGCAGAGGCUAAGACAAUGCUGCUGGAAACAGAUCAAGCAUUACAGAUGCAAUCAGCUAUGAAUGAAGCUGCAAGCAGGUCUCUGACCCACAUGCUGUUGAACACAUUCCAUGGAAUUAAUCCUGACGCACGUUCGCAUCGUCAGUUUGUCACUCUUACAGUCUCGCGAGAAAAUAUCGUAGCGGAUACCUUCAGAGAACUAUCAGAUUAUACAUCAGACGAUUUAAAAAAACCUUUGCGAGUUAAAUUCCAUGGAGAAGAAGCUGAAGAUGCCGGGGGCGUGAAAAAGGAAUUCUUCAUGCUUUUGUUGAAAGAAAUUUUGGAUCCAAAGUAUGGUAUGUUUAAAGAGUACGAAGAAACUAGAACUAUUUGGUUUAGCGAGGAUUCCUUUGAAGACGAAACCAUGUACUUUCUUAUUGGCCUAAUGUGUGGCCUUGCCAUUUACAAUUUCAUCAUAAUAGAAUUGCCGUUCCCAUUAGCGCUUUACAAAAAAUUGCUGAAAGAACCAGUGGGUCUUGGUGAUAUCAAGGAUAUGUCGCCCGUUCUUGCAAGGAGUUUGCAAAAUAUUCUAGAUUACGAAGAAGAAGACUUGGAGAGCGUUUUUUGUUUGAAUUUCGAAGUUACGAGAGAAGUUUACGGGGAAAAAAGAAUAUACGAACUUAUUCCAAACGGCAGUAAAACCCCGGUGACUAUAAGUAACAAAAAACAAUUUGUCGACUUGUACGUUGAUUAUAUCCUAAACAAAUCGGUCAAUUCUCAUUUCAAAGCUUUCUACAAAGGAUUUCACAAGGUAUGCGGCGGACGCGUCUUGGAGCUGUUUCACAGCGAUGAGCUGAUGGCUGUUGUAAUUGGUAAUGAAGAAUACGACUGGGAAGAGCUUGAGAAGAACGCUGCUUACAAAGAAGGAUACACGAAAGAUGACCCGUCGAUCGUUCUUUUCUGGCAAUGUUUUCACGAUUUAACGCUUGAGCAGAAAAAGAAGUUUUUGUUAUUCUUGACUGGUAGCGACAGGAUUCCUCUGCAAGGCAUGAAAGCUAUAAAGAUAACGAUUCAGCCAAUGUCAGAUGAACGUUACUUGCCGGUGGCGCACACUUGCUUCAAUCUCUUGGAUCUGCCGCGAUAUCAGACGCGGGAAAGACUCCAGUAUAAACUUUUGCAAGCCAUUCAGCAGACUCAGGGCUUUUCGCUAGUCUGAAGUCUCCGUAAGCGACACACGUGCGUUUGUACAAAAAGGGUUAUAUAUUGUCUAUAUGAUGUGCAGCGAUCGAAAAUGUUUUAUUAAAUUUUGAAUGCUCGUUUGGCACUGAGAAAGCGGUUUUUUAAUCAGGGUUCGUUGAUCGAACCCGUCUAGUUCUGUAAAAAAAGCCAUUGAACGCUGUGUGUUCGAUGAUGAAGUCUCGAAUCGAUCAUAAAGAAAACGCUCGUCGUUGUAAUAUAUAAGGCACGACUGAACGAGAUCAAGUCGCGAGAGCGCGCGUUCCCCGACGAGGCAUACAAAGAAAGAAAUUUGCAUUUAAUAUAUAUUCAAGAUUUUAGCGCUACUUUAUUUUGUUGAAUGUAAUAUUUGCUAGAGAUGUUAAAGCAAUACUAUGUUUUGUAGAAAGGAAAAAACAAGCAAACGAAGCUUUUAAUGGAGUAACACGAGUCAGCGGCUAAGAGAGGGGGCAGAAGGAGGCUUGAGAGAUAAUAAAAUUUGAUAUUCUUUAAUAAA